AUGAGUACCAUCCAGAAUCUUAAGAAUUUCAUACGUCAUGGCAAACAGGCUCGCCUGGUGACGCCGCAUGCCGAACCCACCACCAACGUUUCCCCCAUCCAUGCCGAGCAACAACGUCAGCCCCAGCGCUCCUACCCUCCCGCCGCCGGGAACCUCGAUGCCAUCGACAGCAAAUUGGGUCAGGCCCAGCCUCAGCCCGCCCAAAAGUCUCCCGAGCAACCGCAAUCCCGUCGUGCUCGCGACGCCGAAAUCGAGCAGAUCGUCGCCGAGGAAAAGAGUGUCCGCUCCAAGAUGCCUCGCUAUCCGGGCCUCGAACGAUGGAUCCUGUUGGAGAAGAUGGGCGACGGCGCUUUCAGCAAUGUGUAUCGCGCGAAAGAUACCACCGGCGAAUAUGACGAGGUGGCCAUCAAGGUCGUCCGGAAAUUCGAAAUGAACAGCAAUCAGGUAGGUUCAAGCCACCCGUCCGGUCCUUCUGGUCCUUCUGCCCUACCGCCAUCAUCAUUUCAUGUAUUCCCUCUUCUGUUUCCGGUUCGCUUCGUCGCUGGCUCUGCUUUCAUGUUCUCUUGGUCCCUUUCGUGGCUCUGCUUCGUAUGUUUCGAACUUUGUCGCCAAUGUAACUUUUAG